AUGAAUGCUUUAAGACGCCAGGUUUAUGCUGCGAAUGCACCCAUACAGCGAUGCUUCUCGACUUCGAGUCAAAGGCACGCGACCUAUGGCUUUAUCGGGCUGGGACAGAUGGGUAUGUCACUUCAAACAACAUUCGUGCUUAGCAGCAUCACUAACCUCAAUCAGNGCUAUCGUAUGGCUCAAAACCUACGAGCAAAGCUUCCCAGCUCUGAUAACCUAAUUAUCCACGACGUGAACAGCGAGGCAACAGCAAGAUUCGUAAAAGAGAAUUCGAACGUGGAAGUUGCAGAAGAUGUCAGAGAUGUCGCGGAGAAAUCAAGGACUAACAGCCUUCCAGNNGAAACAAUCAUCACGGCACUCCCAGGACCAUCCCAUGUCCAAAAUGUCUUCAAAUCGAUGCUGAAACCACCAACCCUGCUCCGCGACGGCGUGCAGCAAGAACGACUCUUCAUCGACUGCUCAACCAUCGACCCUAUGUCUUCUGCGGACGUCGCAAACGCAGCUCACUCAUCCGGCCAAGGUAAAUUCAUCGACGCUCCUAUGUCCGGCGGUAUCGUAGGCGCUCAAGCAGGAAAACUCACCUUCAUGAUUGGCGCACCACCAGACCUCGUCGACCGCGCAACUGAAGUCUUGAUGAUGAUGGGCAAACGUGUAAUUCACCUCGGACCCCAAACUUCCGGUCUGAAAGGAAAGCUUGCAAAUAACUAUCUACUGGCUCUUAACAAUAUCGCUACUGCAGNNGAAGCCAUGAAUAUGGGUGUGCAGUGGGGACUGGACGCCUCGGCAUUGGCAGACAUGAUCAACACAAGCACUGGAAAAUGCUGGCCCAGCGAAAUCAACAAUCCUGUUCCUGGUGUGCUGCCUGAUGCUCCCUCCAGCAAAGAAUAUGCAGGCGGGUUUGGCACAGCACUGAUGAACAAGGAUCUGAAAUUAGCCAUGCAUGCUGCUCAACAAUUCGGCAUCGAGCCUCGUUUGGGUCCUAUGGCUGCUUCCAUCUAUGCUGCGAUUGAAGGAAACGAGAAGUACAAGGGCAAAGAUUUCUCAGUGGUUUACAAGUAUCUGCGUGGGGAGUAG